UUAAUCCGACAGGAUUGGUUUGAAGCCAACGGACUGGAGAAAACAGGAGCGGAGGGUAAUGUCGGAGUCCACUGUUUUAACUCCAGAAACAAGGACUUCAGACGAUGUUAAUGCACAGACAGGAGUACUUAAAGGAUAAUAUAUAAGUUUUCAGACAUGAGAGACUAACUUUGGAGGUGAGUUUUUUGGGGGAGACGCAGAAGUUGACGGGGCAGUCCGCCGAGGUCUCAACAUGGAUGUCCGGGGAGCAACGGUGCGGCUUUGAGGAGGAAUUAAGGCCGUUUCUGGGUUAUUUCUGGUCGCGAGUUUGUCUGACGGAGCUGAGGAUUUAAAAUCAGAUACGUAUUUACCAGGUUAAAAUAGUUCAAGUCACAAUUGGUGUGGCUAUAUAAACUAAGAUGCUGAAGCUGAUCAGGCGAGAUGUGCCGCUCUCAGAGAGGCUGGGGGAGGACUCUCCUCUGGCCGCAGCACCCGGCCCCCUGCCAACAGCAGCCCCAAUGGGCCCCAACAUUUCAUGGCUCCCUGAAGCCCCUCUGCUGAGCCCGGACCAGCCUAUCUUCCUCAUGACACCGGCAGCGCAGGCUGUGUCUGGCUUCUUCGUCUGGACCGCACUCAUUCUCACCUGUCACCAGAUCUACAUGCACCUACGGUUCUACAGCUCGCCGAGGGAGCAGCGCCACAUCGUACGGAUCCUCUUCAUUGUUCCUAUCUAUGCCUUUGACUCUUGGCUCAGCCUCCUCUUCUUCACCAACGACCAGUACUACGUGUACUUUGACACCGUCAGGGACUGCUACGAGGCGUUUGUGAUUUACAACUUCCUGAGCCUGUGCUAUGAAUACUUGGGAGGCGAGAGCGCCAUCAUGGCUGAGAUCAGAGGAAAACCCAUCGAGUCCAGCUGUAUGUACGGUACCUGCUGUCUGAGGGGGAAGGCCUACUCCAUCGGCUUCCUGCGCUUCUGCAAGCAGGCCACUCUGCAGUUCUGCGUGGUCAAACCGCUCAUGGCCGCCAUCACCGUCAUCCUGCAGGCCUACGCCAAAUACAAGGACGGAGACUUCAAUGUUGCCGGCGGUUACCUGUACGUGACCAUCAUCAACAACAUCUCGGUUAGCUUGUCUCUGUAUGCCCUCUUCCUCUUUUACUUCUCCACCAGGGAGCUGCUCAGCCCUUACAGCCCCAUGCUCAAGUUCCUCAUGGUCAAGUCCAUCAUCUUCCUGUCCUUCUGGCAGGGCGUCUUGCUAGCCAUCCUGGAGAAGUGCGGGGCCAUCCCCAAGAUUGACUCAGUGGACGUGUCUGUCGGCGAGGGGACGGUCGCCGCCGGUUAUCAGAACUUCAUCAUUUGCAUCGAGAUGUUUUUUGCGGCGUUGGCUCUGCUCCAUGCUUUCACAUACAGAGUCUACAUGGACAAGAGUCUGGAUUCACAAGGACCUGUUCCUACAUAUGGAGAGUUUGGUCGCUGUGCCCCUAUGAAGAGCAUCUCCAGCAGCCUGAAGGAGACCAUGAACCCGGGAGACAUGGUCCAGGACGCCAUCCACAACUUCUCCCCGGCCUAUCAGCAGUACACCCAGCAGUCCACGCUGGAGCAGGGGGUGCCGCAGCCCGUCUCCCGCACGCACAACGCCGCCAGCGGACGCGGUGACACGGAGAAGACCCUCCUGCUAAGCUCCGAUGACGAAUUCUAGAGCCGAAAACAAGACUGUUUUAACGGCGGAUGGUACUUUAUCCUCCUGUUCUCUCUCUCUCUCUCUCUCUCUCUCUCCACUCUCCUCUCUUCUCCUCUCUCUCUCUCUCCUCUCUCCUCUCCCUCUCUCUCCUCUCCGUUCUUCUCUCUCUCUCUCUCUCUCUCUCUGUGUGUGUGUGUGAGAUGGAGACUGACCAUGGAUGCAAGGAUCUUCCUGCGUCACUGUUUCUGCACCCCCAUCCCGAGCGUCUUAUUUAGCAGGACCACUUUAAGCUGAUUUGGUGUUAAACCCUUGGCAAGAAGAUGAAAAAGCUUGUGUCAGUUUUCAGGGAAGGUUGUGAGUCACACUCUUACAUACUGAAUCAUGCUUGACUUUUGGAAAGUUUCAGCUCAGUCAUGUGGCAAUGCAAUCAUCCUAAUGGAUGUUAUGGUUUUUGUCCUUGGGCAUUGGUUUACAUUUUGAAAGCCCUGUUGUUGUUAAAAAUAAAUAUUUAGAUACAAAUUUGCAACUAUUUAACAAAUUAGUUGGUCGCCAAAUACAUUCAUGUGCUUCAAAACGGAAGCUGUUUUCAGAAGAAAUCAGCCAUUAGAAUGUUUUACAAAGAUUUCAACUAAACCUAGAUGAAUUUUACGUGAGCUGGGGAGACCCUGGUGUAUUGUGGGAUUUAAGGGAUACCCUUCACUGCAGUGUGGGGAUGGAUUUAAAGGGAAGCUAAGCGGGGAAAAAAACCUGAGUUAAAGUUAACUGUAUGGAUCAGGAGAGCAGAUUAUAGAUUAUACAGUGCAGCUGCUCCAGGAGAGAUGAGCAGCAGCAUCAGAGCUGGUCAGGAUUACGCCGGGGUUACUGGGCCGUUAUUGAAUGGCCGGGAUUAAAGUUUGUGCCAGUUCACUCAGGGAGUAGACCUCUGCAGGACACAAUGGAGGUUAACUGGGUUGAGGGAAAAACAACAACAACAACAGCUUCAUCAAAUGAAUUAAAGCUUUCCUUUGAUAAUACUCAUCGAAAAACCCCAGAAAGGAUUCUCUCACACACACACACACACACACACACACACACACACACACACACACACACACAGAGAUAUCUUCUGUCAUUUAAUUUUAAGUAGUGCAUUUUCAAAUAUCCACCAAUUUCACAACCUAAACUUCCUGAUUGGCUCCAGAUACUUAAAAUCCAUCCAAAGCAGGUGUGUUGUGUGUUUCUGCACUGGCCCUGACACACCCACUGCAGUCAGUUCUCUGUCAGCCAAUCAGGUUUCAGUAUUGUAAGUUUAUUUUUAUUUUUUUUAUUUAUUAUUUUUGCUUGUAAGGCUCUGUCUUAAGCGUAGUUUUGGUUUUUGCAGCAGGAGUAAGCAAGUAACUGCACAUUUUACAGUUCUUAUCCUGAGCUAGUUAAAAGCUUAAAAACCCUGAAUAUUAGCACAGUAAUAUAGGGAAAUAUGUCACCUACCACAUAUAUUUGAUGCAUUUACAGUCAAUAUUCUCUGUUAAAAAUAACAUGUAAUGUGUAAACUUGUUACAUUUCUUCAACUUCUGUUCUUCCAGGCAGUCUUAUUUUUUCUUUUUUAUUUUUUAUUUAACUUCACCGCAGGCAGAGCUAGUUAUUUGUUUUACACAUAAUUGGAGUUCUUGAGUCAUGUGAAUGAGUCAUGGCGAGUCUGCCAACGUGUUUACUGCCAAGUACUGCCACUGCCCUGCUGAAGCCCCGUGUGAACAGCAGGGGGCCGCGUGGAGAACACAUGGGCACAUUCACACUCUUAUCAACAGGCAGACCGGCAGUUAUUAUCACACACAAUAAGCUUGGUGCACGUGGAACUGCUUUGUCCGAGCACGCCCCAGCCUCAGGCAGUGGUCAUGGGUCUUUUUUUAUUUCCGCUUGGGCCUGACAUAAUCUUGGUUUUAAAUAGGACAGAAGCCAUGGCUGUGCACAGAAGCCGUGUCCUAUUUUUAGACUUUACUGAGUGUUGUCUGGGUAAUUGGGUUGCUACAUUUUGACAUGAAUACAAAAUGGAUUAUUUUUAACAUAACUGAGCUUCAUCCCUCUACAAGUGACCCUGUAUUUUUUAUUUUUUUUAUUUUUAGAAAUGCCCUGGUCAGUUGAUUGUGUUGCAGUGACGGUACACUACAGUUUCUUAUCUAAAUAAAUGCAUUUUAAUGCUGAACCAUUGAAUGACAGUGCCGAUAUUUUGGGGUUGAAGACAUUCUUUUGUGCGUUGGUUGGUGUGCUUCUAUGGACAUUUUCCUAAAAAAACAAGUUUUAUCAGGGUGAAAAUUAACCGAUGCAAGUUUUUAUUUAUUUUUAUUUUUUAUUAAUUGAAUUGCAGCUCCUAAAGGCAGGUUUCCAAUUUGAAAGCAAAGUAGAGGUACAUCCAUUGUACCACACUUUGAAUGCCAUUAGUCACUUUCGAGCUUCUUCCUCUUUCUCUACGUCCUCAUCCUCUGGUGACGUGUGCUGAGGAAAUGCUGCAGAUGUAAAUACUGUUUCCAGUGCUGUACGUUGGAAUAGUCAUGUAUGCUGUAAAGAUGGAGCGCAGGAGAAGAAAAGACCUAGUUUUGUAUUUUUUACUGUCUUUUCUUUGUUUUUAAUUAUUUCACAUGUUUUUGGUUUCUAGUUGUUUGUAUAUGAUAAAGCUGCUCAUGAUGCUAUUAUUUCAUGUCAAAUGGAGAAAUAUCUACAGAUAUAUUAAAAGAUAUUUAGUCU